AUGUCCAUGCGCUUCUCUUCCGCAUCCCGACGCCUGGGCUCCUGUGGCGGAGCGGGCUCUAGUGUGCCAGGCUUUGGCAGUGGCUUCUCCUGCGCCUUUGGAGGCAGCUCAGCUGUGGGAAGCUAUGGCGGAGGCCUGGGUGGGAGCAGUGCUUCUUGCGUCACUUAUGCCAGCAGUGAAAAUGGCCUCCUCUCUGGCAACGGAAAGGUGACCAUGCAGAACCUCAACGACCGCCUGGCCUCCUACCUGGACAACGUGCGAGCUCUGGAGGAGGCCAACGCUGAGCUGGAGGUGAAGAUCAAGGGCUGGUAUGAGAAGUUUGGCCCUGGCUCCUGCCGUGGUCUGGAUCAUGACUACAGCCGGUACUUCUCCAUCAUUGAUGACCUCGGGAACCAGAUCAUUUCUGCAACCACAGGCAAUGCCAAUGUGGUUCUACAAAAUGACAACGCCAGACUGACUGCUGAUGACUUCCGACUGAAGUAUGAGAAUGAGCUGGCCCUCCAUCAGAGCGUGGAGGCGGACAUCAACGGGCUUCGCAGGGUCUUGGAUGAGCUGACAUUGUGCCGGACAGACCUGGAGAUCCAGCUGGAGACCCUGACUGAGGAGCUGGCCUACCUCAAGAAGAAUCAUGAGGAGGAAAUGAAGGCGCUGCAGUGCGCGGCCGGAGGCAACGUGAACGUGGAGAUGAACGCGGCCCCUGGUGUGGACCUCACAUUGAUGCUAAACAACAUGCGAGCCGAGUACGAAGCGCUGGCCGAGAACAACCGCAGGGACGCCGAGGCCUGGUUCAAUGAGAAGAGCGCAUCGCUGCAGCAGCAGAUCUCCGACGAUGCGGGCGCCACCACCUCGGCACGCAACGAGCUGACGGAGAUGAAGCGGACCCUACAGACCCUGGAGAUUGAACUGCAGUCUCUUCUGGCCACAAAACACUCGCUGGAGUGCUCGCUCACAGAGACCGAGGGCAACUACUGCACGCAGCUCGCACAGAUCCAGGCGCAGAUCGGGGCCCUGGAGGAGCAGCUGCACCAGGUCCGCACUGAGACCGAGGGCCAGAAACUCGAGUACGAGCAGCUCCUGGACGUCAAGGUCCACCUGGAGAAGGAAAUUGACACCUACUGCCGCCUGAUCGAUGGAGAGGAUGGUUCUUGUUCCAGAUCAAAAGGUUACAGAGAACCAGGAAGUCAGAUCAAAGACACACCGAAAAGCAGCAUUGUGAAGACCGUCGUGGAAGAGAUAGAUCCUCGUGGCAAAGUCAUCUCAUCUAGAGUUCAUACAGUGGAAGAGAAGUCCCCCAAAGUCAACAGCAAGAGCGAACCACGAGUGUCUUCCUGA